AUGAAUGAUAAAUACAAAUUUGAACCGGAUCUCUACGCUAAGAUCAAAGUAAAUGGCGGUGAAGCUGAACCUCUGUUCAAAUUUUUGAAGAAGGAGAAGGGUGGAACACUCAUUGAUGCUAUUAAAUGGAAUUUUACUAAAUUCUUGGUCGAUAAAGAUGGAAAUGUUGUGAAAAGAUAUGGACCAAAUACAGAGGCAAAAGAUAUGGAGAAGGAUAUUGAAGCACUUUUAAAUAAGUAA